AUGCCGCCUCGAAAAUCAACGUCAUCUAUCCCGCCUACCGAUGGAGAGGAAACCUCCACGGCAGGUGCACAAACUACGGAACAGCAAUUAAAAGCCCAGGCUGAUGGGGUUGGUGUUGAGGAUCUCCUUCUUCCUCGCUCAGUCACCCAACGUCUCGCGAAAAGCGUUUUGCCUCCUAACACAACGAUCCAAAAAGAUGCGUUACUCGCGAUCCAAAAGGCGGCUACGGUUUUCGUCUCCUAUUUAUCCUCACAUGCAAAUGACGCUACUCUCAAACGCACCCUUGCGCCGUCCGACGUUUUAUCUGUGCUCUCGGAGCUCGAAUUCGACGCCCUGCGUCCUCGGCUUGAACGUGAAUUAGAUGCGCACACCGAAGCGCAAGCAGGCAAGAAGCGGGCAACCAAGGAAAAGAAAGCAGCGGCAUCAGAAGGGAAUCCCGAGAAUGUGUUGCCCAAAGGAGCGACUGGUGGCGAGGACGAGGAUGCUACCGCGCCAGGGGCAAAGCGCGUAAAACGUGAUAGUGAUGGGCACGAGAAGACUAUCCACACGACUACUGUCGCCGAGGAUACCGAGAUAGAGGAACCUGAUGAAGACGAGACGGAGGAAGUGGAAGAGGUAGAUGAUGAGGAAGAGGAAGAGGAAAGUGAUGAGGAUGGCGAUGAGACGCAAGACGCUGAGGAUCUCGAUCACGUCGAGGAUCUGGAUCGGCACGAUAGAGUAGAGGACAAUAGUGACAGUGAAGGGGAUGAUGAAGAUGGGCCUGCGGCACAGCUGCGGUCGAAUAUGGGGUUGGGUUAG